CCGCAUGGGCUUCUUCUGGCCGCUGCCGUCGGACUGGCCGGGGGAGUCCGGAGCGCGGCGCAGCUUCUGCUGCCCCGAGAAGGGGCCUGGCAGGGUUGCCUCCCUCCUCCGCCGCCUGGCCCUGGAGCCGCCUUGGCCGGGGCAGGCCUGGAUUUCCUUCCUGGAGCGGGGCUUGUGGAAUGCUGGCGAGGCGCCCCGACGGGGCUGGGAAGGAGGCGGAGGCGGAGGGGAACCAGGAGGCGGAGGCUGCCGCUGCACGGCCACGGCGGGAGUGCUGGACGACGACGAGGCGAGGCCCGCUCGGCUGGCUGGCUGCGGCGCCGCGGGCGAGAAGGAGGCGGCGGCGGUGGCUGGAGGAGCGCAGAGCGCGGCGGAGAGGCGCGGAGCGGCGGAGCGCACCGGCGGCGAAAGAGGCAGCGGGGAGGCCAUGGGCCGCCGCCGCUGCUGCUGCUAGGCGAGGGGGCGGCCCGGCCGGAGCGGCCAUGCCAUGCCCGCGCUGAAGCGAUGCCUCCUCGGCGCUGCCUCCGGCCACGGAGAGCGGGGAGCCGGCCGCGACGGAGCCAUCGGAGCAGCCUCGACGUCGCCGCCGACGGAGCCGCGGCGGGCUGGCCCCGCUGGUGCCUCUUCUGCUGCCUGCUGGGCGGUGGGCUGGCGCCGGCCAGCGCCCGCGGCUGCCAGCCCUGCGGCCCCGACUGCGCCUGCAGGAGCUUCUCGGCCGCCGCCUGCGCCGUGGAUUGCGCCGCCCGAGGGCUCCAGCGCCUGCCCGUUCCGGCCUUCCCGGCUGCCACAGUCGCGCUGAAUCUUUCCAGUAACAAGAUCAGUGUUUUAAACGUCGAGGCAUUUGCACAGCUGACUUCCCUGACAAAAUUAGAUAUAAGCAACAACAAGAUUUCUUCAUUACAAGAUGGAAUAUUUGAUAAUUUAUUUAAUUUAAGUGAAAUAAACUUAAGCCUGAACCCGUUCCUUUGUGACUGCCGCCUUGCCUGGCUCCCCCGCUGGGUGGAAGAGAGAAGAGUGAAGGUUGUGCGUCGGUCGGAAACGAGAUGCGCUCAGCCUCCUGAGGUGGCAAACGUCCCGCUCUUCAACGUGUCGUUCAGCGAAGUUACUUGCGACGCUGACUACAUUGCCUGCCUGACAGACAACAACACAGGUGUGGCCGAUCCCAUUGUCCUGUUCACCUCCACCCUCCCUCAGAACCUGACGAAAGAGACAUGCGGCGCUUUUUGCUUUGCUGGAGGGCAGGACUACGCGGGCUUCAGCCAUGAGGCGCACUGCCUGUGUGGCAUUGCUCUUGAACCAAACUCUUCCUCGGACUGCUUGCCCUUUUGUGACAUGCCUCCCGGAGGGCCUAUGUGUGGCGGCCCUGCCCUCGUUCGGAACGUCUUCCCGGCACAGCUGCCCAUUUCCUUGGUGGGGCCUGACACUCCUUUUGCCCCUUACCAAGGGGUAGCUUUCAGCGUCUGGGCCCCAAUUCCCAUUGACACCUUUCAGUGGGACUUUGGGGACCACACAGGCCUUCUGAACACCACCAAGACAACUGUCCUCCACCAGUACAUGUCACCUGGGCAGUACAGCGUUACGGUUGCCAUCUUUUCCGGUGGCCGGUUGACGUCCGCACAGACCAAUGUCACGGUGGUGGCACCCCCAGAGGAGAUAGAGCUUCAGUGUCCUCGUUUGGUGAAGACAAAUGAAAGCUUGAGGUUGCAGAUAAGGAAUCGAGGGGGAACUGACCUGUCAGCUGUGUAUAGCAUCACAGCGCAGGAGAAGGAGCCCAGACAAACAGUCCAGCCAGUGUGCCCCUUGGAUAGCUUGGUCUUCCCUGGCAACAGCCACUGCUAUUGGCUGGUGGCGGAGAAAGCAGAAUGGCCGGAGGCUCAGCAGCAUUGCUGGGAAUAUGGCAACGGUACGCUGGCCUUCGUCAGCAGCCCCCAGAUCCAGAGCUUCUUAGUGUCCCGCGUCACCAGGAGCUUGGAUGUCUGGAUCGGGUUCAACGCAAGCCCCAGCCCUCUGCAGCGAGAGGAAGGCUUCAAUCUGCAGAGCUGUCAGAACUGGCUGCCUGGAGAGCCUCACCCGUCCAAUGCUGACCACUGUGUCCGGAUGGGCCCGGCCGGCCAGUGCAACACAGACCUCUGCACAGCCAAGCACAGCUAUGUCUGCGAACACAAGCCGCAAGAGAUCCUUUUAAAUGCUGAGCACUUUUACCUGGGCACUCCCACCUUUGAUACUCCUGUGGCCACGAGCAACGCUACAGAAACUGAGGAGCUGUCAACCCCGUCAGGAACGGUGGAGACGGUGGUGUUUCCCAGCUUGGAGUUCCAGCAGGAGGGCUAUUUGGUAGCCUUGGAGCUUGUGACUCAGGAGCUGAAGAGGGAUGUCCAAGUCCGGUUUCGAGUGCACCGCCCAGCACUCACAGAAGUCUGCAAGGAAGUCCCGAACACCAUGGAGCUGUUACCCAAUUUGGAAGAGAAUGGGACGUGGGCAGAAAUGGAGUGUCCGCUUGGGCUCCUGUGGUGCCCUUUGACCAAUACAUGCCUUCCGCUACAAAACUGCUGUGAUCCAGAGACCUGUGCCAACAACUCUGCCACCAGCUCGCCCAGCCCCUCUCCUCGCACUUGUGAAAACCUGUCAGGGAGGAGCGAACUCAAAGAGUCGCUUUUUACCUUGCCACCUGGCCCUUCCACACGGUACCUUUUGCACUUCAGGAACAAAGACACUUUGGUCAGGCCAAAUGACACCGUGAGCAUCCAGCACGACGCAGGGCCUGGGGCCUUCAUUCUUUGCCACCCAAGCCAGGUGCCAUCUUACCAGAUGAGUUACUUCACCCUGAACUCUUCAGACUGGGAGCCAGGCUCUCUCGUGGAGCCUGAGGCCGGUGGCUGGCAUAACGACUCCACCUGCUACUUUAGGGUCCUUUCUGUUGCUGAGAAGACAGUGGCAAUUAUCAGGGAAGGGAAUUUGGGUGUGGACCGCCCUGGCCUUUAUGCCGUGAGGGCCACUGUAGAGAACGGAGCCUUCAGCGCCAACCUAUCCUGUGAUUUCGUGGCUGUCUCUCCGGUGUCGGGCCUCCGCGUCAUUUACCCUCCAGAGCAAGGUGGCCGAAUCUACGUGGAAACCAAUCACACUUGGCUGGUGGUGAAAAUCUCUUCUGGGGUGAACGCAACUGCUGGGUGGUUCGCGGGGAGCCAGAACUUUCCCUUUGGAAGGAGCUGCCCGCCUGCUGUCAUCCCACUUGUGCCCGAGUGCACCAGGGACACCAAUGAUACCUGGUUCUCGGUCGUCGUGCUGGAGAACAUCGGGGAGAAUGCCAGCACCCGAGUGCUGUGGGCAGAGAAUGCCGUCAGCUCCCAGAACAUCACCAUCACUGUGAAAGCAGAGGAUGCCAUUCGAGGCCUCCGCGCAACCCCAGACCCAGAGACCAGAGUCUUGCUGAAUAACCGUGUGAGUUACGUCCCCAUGAUGGAUGCUGGAUCGGACGUUACCUUCCGGUGGACCGUAGACGAUAAGCGCUCUUUCACUUUCUACAACGAUGUCUUCCAUGUUAUUUACCAGACACCGGCUGUGUACAAGCUGUCGCUCACUGCCUCCAACCACGUCAGCAACGUUACUGUGGACUACAACAUCACCGUGGAGAAGAUGAACAGGAUGAAGGAUCUGGUGGUCUCUGAGAUCCCACCCCUCGUCCCUCAGAACAGCACUGUGGAACUGGCAGCCACGGUUAUAGUGGACUCUGCUGUGGACGCCACAUUCCUGUGGGACUUUGGAGACGGCGACCAUGUUGCUUUCCAGUUCAGGCCUCCCUAUAACGAGUCUUUCCUUGUGCCAGACCCCAACAUCCAUCAGGUUGUAAUUGGGCAUAAUGUAUCGCAUACCUACCAAGAAUCGGGUGAAUAUAACCUGAGUGUUUUAGUAUCCAAUGAAUUUGAGAACCUGACCUACAUGAUUCCUGUCCACAUCUAUACUUACCUGAUGGAAGUGACCCUGGAAGUUGAUGCAGAUGUCUUGGUUGCUGGUCGCCCUGUCACUUUCAAAGCUGUCCCCCUGCCGUCUAGCUAUGGGGUCUCUUACACCUGGGAUUUUGGGGAUGGCUCUGUGGCGUUUGUGCAAAGCCUGCCGGCCAUAGUCCACACCUACAGCAACAAGGGGGUGUACAACGUCAGCCUGAGAGCCAACAACACCAUUAGUGCUGUAGAAACAUUCCAGAGUUACCGUGUCUUUGAAGAGAUUAGUGGGUUGCAGGUGGUUCUGGAGGAAGCAAUGGAGCUCCGCACGCCGGUAGAGAUCACCGCUUCCGUGGAAACAGGGGACAGCAUCCUGUGGAUAUUCGACAUGGGUGACGGGACCGUGGUGAACAGUUCCGUGGCAUCCGCGAUGCACAUCUAUUUAAAGGAGAUGAAUUGCACAGUAAACGUCACAGCGACGAAUCCAGUCAACUCCGUUUCCCAAGCUGUUCCUGUCCGGAUAUUCGUGCUGAUGGUUCUCAAGAUCGAACCUUCCACUUGUAUCCCAGAGCACCCCGACGUACAACUCACUGCCUAUGUUUCUGGUAACCCAGAGGACUACCUUUUUGACUGGACGUUUGGAGAUGGGUCAUCCAACGUCACCGUGAAUGGGGAUCCAACGGUGAGGCACAACUUCACCCGCAGUGGCACCUUUCAUCUUUCUUUGGUCCUCUCAAGCAAGGUCAACAAAGCUCACUAUUACACCGAGGUCUGCGUGGAGCCAGAGGUCACCAACGUCUCGCUGUUCAUAAGGCCGCAGUUCGUGAGACUGGGCAACGAAAGCAAGUUCCAAGUCACAGCUUUACCCCCUUACCCCUAUCGCUACCUCUGGGACUUUGGGACAAACGAAUCCACUCGGUUUGGUGGGACGGAAGUUAGCUACACCUACAAAGCCCCCGGUGUCUACUUGGUCACAGUGACAGUCUGCAACAACGUAUCUUUCAAUAACGACUCAGUGUUCGUGGAAGUCCAAGAGCCGGUUGGGGUAGUCAGGAUUGAGUCCAACGGCUCAAAGGUUUUGGAACUGAACCAAGUCUACCUUUUCUCUGCCAACGCUAGCGGGACCAACGUGAGCUAUCUGUGGUACUUUGGGGAUGGCAUGAGCCAGCUGGGGAAAUUCAUCACCCACUCCUACAACAAGAGUGGCACCUAUGUCAUCACCCUGACGGGCUGGAACAAUGUGAGCUUCCGUGAAGCAAGGCUUAAUGUUACAGUGAAGAGGCGCCUCCAAGGCCUAACCAUCAACGCCAGCAGGACGGUGGUUCCUCUGAAUGGUUCUGUGAGCUUCACGGCCACCCUCCUUGCUGGCUCUGCUAUCCGGUACUCCUGGAUCUUGUGUGACAGGUGCACCCCCAUCCCAGGCUACUCCACCAUCUCCUACACUUUCCGUUCAAUCGGGACAUUCAAUGUGAUCGUGACUGCAGAGAACGAGAUUGGGUGCCUGCAGGACAGCAUCUUCAUCUACGUCUUGGAGCAGAUCGAAGGGCUUCACAUUGCUGGUGGCGACCUCAUGGAUGACACCUACUUCCCCACCAACAAGACGCUCCAGAUGCAGGCGGCAGUGAGGGAUGGCACCAACAUCUCCUACAACUGGGCUCUCCUGAAGGAAAACCACCCUGUGCAGACUUCUGCAGGGAAGACCUUCUCCCUGGUUGUCCUGGAAGCAGGGGUCUACGUCAUCCACCUGAAAGCCACAAAUAUGCUGGGGAGCUCAACAGUGAACAAGACAGUGGAGUUCAUUGAGCAGGUUGGUGUCUUGAAGCCCAUCGCUUCCCCCAACCCUGCUGCGGUCAACAUUUCUGUGAACAUAAGUACGAGUAUCACUGCUGGGACUGGAUUGGUGUAUGUUUGGUACCUGGAGGACGGUCUCUUUCUCCAAACUGCCUCCUCUGCCAUCACACAUUCCUUCCCGAGUCCUGGUGCCAAAGCAGUUACCGUUGUGGCAGAGAACAAAUUUGGCUCUGCCAACGCAACGCUUGUGGUGUACAUUCAGGAGCCCAUCGUGGGAGUGAGGAUCAGGACUGUGAGGCUGAAUUAUACUGGCUAUGUUGAGUCAGGCUCAGAGGUAAACUUCUCUGGGGAGCUGGAAAGGGGUUCUGACGUAGCUUGGACCUGGAAGCUGUUGAAUACCACCAUAUGUGGGCAAAGAGUGGCCUUGACAUUCCCCUCACCUGGAGUCUUCUCCGUCUGCUUAAAUGCUUCCAACGAUGUCAGCUGGGAUGUGGCCUGCCACAGCGUGACCGUGGAAGACCCAAUUCAGGGGCUAAAACUCACUGUGGGCAAGGAGGUGAUGGAGCCUGGGGAAGAGGUCUCCUUUGUCAUUGGGAUGGCUUCUGGUUCCUCUGUGAGCUAUAAGAUGAGUGUCGGUGGGAACCACUCCAUGGCACUCAACUCUUCCAGCUUCACCUAUACAUUCACCCAGGUUGGAGAUUACUUAGUAAGGGUGACUGUGGAGAACCACAUCAGUGUGGACUACGCCGAGGUCCUCAUUGUGGUGCUGGACGCCAUCCAUGGCUUGAAGGUUGCAGAUUGCUGUGAGCAAGGCAUACCUGUUGGAGCAAAGAGGCGCUUCAGAGCUGCAGUUGACAGUGGCUCGCGGGUGUCAUAUUUGUGGCAGCUCUCCUUGGAGGGAGAACACGGGCGUUCCCAGGUCCGCGUGGAAGGCCAAAGCAUCUCUUAUACCCCGGAAGCUGCAGGUCGGCUGGAGAUCCAUCUCACCGCUUGGAACCCCCUCGGCAGCCUGAACAUAACCAUUGUGAUGGAAGUCCAAGACAUCAUAACGCAACUUUCCCUCCUGCCUGUCAGCUCCUUUGCUAACCGGACGACAGCGUUUGAGGUGUCUGUGUUGCCCAGCGCAAGGCAAGUUGCCUUUCGGUGGCACUUUGGAGAUGGUUCUCCAGCUGAAAGGACAAGUGUGCCAUCCGCCAGCCAUACCUACCUAAGGCAUGGGGAUUACUUGGUGGAAGUGAACGCCUCCAACCUCAUCAGCUUCUAUAUCGCUCAGCUCACCGUCACGGUCCAGGUGCUGGAAUGCGAAGAGCCAGAAGCUGAGUUGGCGUUACCUGGGCAGGUGGUCAUGAAGCGGUCGCAGAAGAAUUACUUGGAAGCCCAGCUUGACUUGCGGGGCUGCACUAGGUACCAGACCAAGUACGUGUGGGAGAUUUACAAAGCCCCCAGCUGCCUGCAGCUGGGCGCCUCUGAGAAAGUCCUCCUGUCCAACGUGGACGUGAGCCGGCCGCAGUUGGUCAUCCCCAAACUGGCGCUCGACCUGGGCACGUACUGCUUCAAGUUCCUGGUCUCUUUCGGAGACACACCCCUGUCCAAGAGCAUUUUCGCAAACGUGACUGUCACGCCUAACAAGCUGGUGCCCAUCAUUGAUGGAGGAUCGUACCGUGUGUGGUCCAGCACCCGGGACCUGAUCUUGGAUGGGGAGAAAUCCUACGACCCUAACCUGGAAGACACGGAACAGACGCCGUUGCAUUAUCAGUGGUCUUGUAUGUCUUCCUCCAAGAGCUCAUCUGCGGGGUGUGCGCUCAACUUCACUGCCACAGGGGGAGUCGUUACCGUUUCCCGAUCCAUACUGGAAGCCGAUGUGGAGUACACAUUCGACCUCGCCGUCUGGAAAAUGGGGAUGAGUCCUGAAGCUACGAAUCAAACGGUGCUACUGAAGAAGGGGACUGUCCCCAUCGUCUCCCUGGAGUGUGUCUCUUGCAAGGCCCAGUCUGUCUACGAAGUGAGCCGCAGCUCCUAUGUGUACCUGGAGGGGACCUGCUUGAACUGCCAGAAUAAUUCCAAACAGGGGAGAUGGUCAGCACACAGCUUCAAAAAUAAGACUCUGGCCUUGGACAGAACGACCACCUCCACCGGCAGCAGAGGAAUGAACCUGGUCCUGAGGCCAGGGGCUCUGAAGGACGGCGAGGGCUAUACCUUCACUCUGCACAUUACAGACCUGGCCACAGGGGAGGAAGGCUUUGCCUCCAUCGACCUGUUUCCAAACCAGCCACCAUUUGGGGGGUCCUGCUGGUUGUCUCCAAUGGGACCUAUCCAAGCAUUGACUGCCAAGAUUCAUUUUGAAUGUACAGGCUGGAGAGAUACGGAGGAUGAAGACACCCCCUUGGUAUACACACUGCUUGCUGCCCGCUGCCGAACUGGCCACUGUGAGGAAUUCUGGGUAUAUAAAGGCAGCCAUUCCGAACAUUCUGCCUUCCUGCCCCCUGGAUUCCAAGAGGGAGGCUCCCUGGUGUCUGUCUCGGUGCUGGUGCAGGACCAGCUGGGAGCAACCGUUGUGGCUUUCAACAGCUCCAUGGCUAUCACGCUGCCCAGCGCUCCGGAAGGAUUCCACAGCCUUCCCCAGUGGCUUUACAACCAGACCGAGGUGGUGCUGCAGGGCCUGGUGAAACAGAGUGAUCCCCAACAGGUCAUUGAAUAUUCCUUGGCUCUCAUCACCAUCUUAAAUGAGUAUGAGUGCUCCAUGCGUUUGAAACCAGAAACCAAACAUGAAGAUCAUCUCCGGGCCUGGACACGGAGGAACAUUACAGAAACUCUGAUUUCUCUUAAUGUGACCACUGUGGAUGACAUCCAGCAAAUCGCCGCUGCCCUGGCUCAGUGUACGGUAGCCCACAAGGAGUUUGUUUGCCAAGCUUGCCUGACCAAGACCUUGAAGAAGCUGAGAGACAUGAUGGCCAUUCUGCAGGGAGAGACCAUGCAAGGGACCAUGACCCCAACAACCAUCGCAGACAACAUCCUCAACAUCAUGGGGGACUUGAUCCACCUCGUCAACACCGUCUCCCAGGAGACUGAGCCUCGGGAAACGUGCAAUGGCCAGAGCCCCGUGCAGGUGGCCUCCCAGGCGUACGCCCUCUCCACCGACCUGAUGCGCAUCCUGAUGAAGUCCAGAGUCCUCAACGAGGAGCCCCUGGAGCUGGCGGGAAGCAACAUCACGGCCAAGGGCAAGCGGUCCGGCCCACUGGGCCUCCUCUGCUACGAGGAGCACCCCGACUGCCAGUUCUCCAUCCCCCUAGCUUUCAACGCCACAUUCUCCGACCUGACAGACAUUGUCCAAGUCAUGAUCCGGGUGGACUACAACCCUUUCCCCUUCGGCUUCAUCACCAACUACACCGUCUCCUCCGAGGUGGCGUCCAUGGAGUUCCAGGACAACAACGGGACAGAGAUACCAGUGGGGAGCCUGGAUCCCGAGAAGGCCAUCGCCGUGAUGGUCUUGGACCCCGGAGAGAAGAACAUCACCAUGACGGCGGUCAUGAUUGAGGAAAGGAGUUCGGGGACUGCAGUGGUCAUGGUGGAGGAUGACAAUGCAGAAGCAGGGUUGUAUUUCCAGGUCACCUUCAGUGUUGUAAAUGACCGUUAUGUGUCCAGUGAGCAGGAGCCGUUCAUUGCUGUCUGUCUCUUCCACUCACCUGAGACUCACCAGCACAACUGCACAGCCUCCAAGAAGAUCCAUCUGGAGGAUAUGACCAGGAUGCCCCAGGGUGACCACCGGCACUACACCUUCUUUGUCUCCCCUGACACCAGCAACCCUGCGAGGGAAUAUUACUUGAACAUCACGAACCACUUCGCCUGGACUGCCGUGGAAGUGACCCUGGGCCUGUACAGUUCCUUGUGCCAAUAUUUCAACGAGCAGGAGGGGCACUGGAAGACUGAAGGCAUGGCUCCCUUGGAGGGGGCCACCCCUGACAAGGCUGUGUGCUUAACCCAGCAUCUGACAGCUUUUGGUGCAAGCCUUUUUGUCCCCCUUCAUUCUGUGCAGUUCAUUCGGCCUCCUCCAGGCCCAGGUUUGAACUACAUUGUUCUGCUAACUUGCGCCAUCUGUUUUGUGACAUACUCGGUGGCGGCUGUGAUUGUGCACAAACUGGACUUGAUCGACAUCAACCGCGCAGGGGUGAUCCCUUUCUGUGGGAAGAACGGGCUGUACAAGUAUGAGGUCCUGGUGAAAACAGGCUGGGGCAAAGGCUCAGGGACAACAGCUCAUGUGGGAAUCACUCUGUAUGGAAUGGAGAGCAAAUCUGGGCACCGGCACCUGGAUGGGGAAAACGCCUUCCACCGCAACAGCCUCAAUAUCUUCCAGAUCGCCACAGAACGGAGCCUCGGGAGCGUGUGGAAGAUUCGCAUCUGGCACGACAAUAAAGGGCUAAAUCCAUCAUGGUACCUGCAGCAUGUCAUUGUCAGAGACUUGCAGACCUGCAAGAGCUACCACUUCCUGGUGAACGACUGGCUGUCUGUCGAAAGCGAGGAGAAUGACGGCCUGGUGGAGAAGGAAGUCUUUGCUGCCAGCGAGGCUGACCUGAGGAGCUUCUUGAGGAUCUUCGUUGAGGAGCUGCAGCGGGGUUUCUUUGAGAAGCAUGUCUGGCUGUCCCUGUGGGACCGUCCCCCCCGCAGCCGCUUCACCCGCGUCCAGAGGGCAUCCUGCUGCUGCCUCCUUGUCUUCCUCUUCCUGUGUGCCAAUGCCGUGUGGUACGGCAUUGUGGGAGAUGUCAACUUCAGCAAUGUGGCCAUCUCCACCUUGAUCCCGGUCAAUGGUGAGACAGCUGUGGUUGGUCUGGUGUCCAGUUUGGUUGUCUACCCCCUGUACCUGGUCCUCCUCUUCCUCUUCCGAAUGGCACGGAGCAAGGUGUCUGUCAGCCAGUCCCUGGCCCAUUCAGACCAGCAGUCCUUAGAGAUCGACAACUACCUGGACUCGUCUCUUAUGGAGAGCGCCUUCCUCACCUUCCCUGGGCUUCGGACAGAGGCCUUUUCAGAGCAGACCAAAACAGAUUUGUUCCUGGACGAUUCGAAAAGCCUGAUACGGUGGCACUCCAACGAGGCCCUGCUCAACUGGCCUGACCUGCUCAGCGACCCUUCCAUCAUGGGCAACACAAUCCAGAAGCUGAAGAGGGGCAGGACUAGCCGCCAUCUUGGCCUGGAGGCUCCCUUGGCGGCUGAGGAGGACAGUUUGUCACUUGGCUUCCCGCAAGCUCAGGCCAGAUACUUCUCAGCUUCAGAUGAAGAUCUGAUCCGGCAGAUUCUCACCGAUGGAGCUGGCAGCCUCUCCCACCCUCAGGAAAUGGGGCCAUACCCCAGGGUUGAAACGGACCUCAUCUCAGGGCUAUCCAGCAUGCUUGGGGAGAAGACAGAGACUAUCAUGAUGCAACGGCUGACCGAGAAAGGGCAGAAUGUAGCAGCAACAGCAGCAGCCCCUGGCAGAGAACUGAACCGCUCGGCCAAAUCAACGCGAACAGUCACAGAUCACGCUCUCCGGAAGCGCUUGCUUCCCUUCUGGUGCUCCUACCUGGCCCAUGCCAUCAGCCUGGCCUGCCUGGUCAUCUGCUUUGGAGUCUCCGUGUGGAUUGGAGUUGGUUUCACUUCCAGCGUGGCCCUCAUGUGGCUCAUCUCAGGGAUUUUUAGCUUCCUCUCCUCCUUCUUGCUCUGGGAACCAUCCAAGGUUCUGCUGGAGGCCCUCUACUUCUCACUGGUGGCCAAGCGCCUGCACCCUGAGGAGGACGACACUCUGGUGGAGUACCCGUUUGUGGAGCACGUGUCGGAGAAGAUUGGCCGGGUCCGGCCCCCUCAGGGAUUCGCUCUCUUUCAAGCCAAGGAAGAGGCCAAGAAAGUGAAGCUUCUGCACGGCCUGCUCAAGAACUUCUUCAUCUACAUGCUGUUCCUCCUGGCGACCCUCCUGACCAACUAUGGUGAUGCUUCGCACAACAGCCGGGCGUUCCUCUUGCAGAGCUCCAUCAAGCAGCAGCUGGGCAGUGAGCAGUUCCUGCGCAUCAAGAGAUCUGACGAGUUCUGGGUCUGGAUGUCCCAGGGGCUGUUGCCCUAUCUCUACAACAACCAGUCAGGCCGGGGAAGUUACAGCGUCACCCUGGGGUCCCCACGGUUGCGGCAGAUCCGCCUCCAAGAAGCGGAGUGUUCCAGUACCGUCCGCCAUAUCCUUAGUGGGACCAAUCCGUCUGCAACUGGGGGGAAAUGCAUCCUUGGUUCAGACAGCUUUGACACGGCCAGUUACGCAGUAGGCUGGAAGAGUGUUGCCAGCAACCUCACACAAUCAUGGACUUACUCGCCACCUGAUCUACCAGGGGCCUGGUACUGGGGCUACCUCUCCUUCUAUGACAGCGGUGGUUAUGCCCAGGAGCUGGGAACAACUCUGGAAGAAAGCAGGGCUCGCUUGGAGAUCCUCCAGCGGAACAACUGGAUCAGCAACGUGAGCCGAGCAGUCUUUGUGGAGCUGGCCCAGUACAACCCUGGCUUGGGCCUCCAUGCGGUCAUCACACUCAGGCUGGAGUUCCCCGUGGUGAAGCAUGCACUGCCGGCCGUGGCUGUGGCUGCUCUCCCGCCCCUUCCACUUAGCCAGGGAGUCACGCUGCAGCUCCUCAUGAUGGUCUUCUUCAUGAUUGUGGUCGUCUACUUUGUGGUCUCAGAGUCUCUCUCCAUCCAGAAGGCAGGCCGGGCCUAUUUUGCCAGCGUGGGCAGCUACUGGCAGUGGCUGCUCAUCCUCCUGACCACUGGCACCGUGGUCGUCCACUUGAGCCAGGUCACCCUGGCCAACCGGCAGUGGGCCAAGUACCUGAGAGACAAGCAGGGCUUCACCAGCUUCUACCAGGUGGCUUCUCUUCACACCGCCUUCCGCUGCCUGGCGGCCUGCCUCCUCUUUGUGCUUACAGUCAAGGCUUCCCAACAGCUGCGCUUCAUCCGCCAAUGGUCCACUUUUGGCAAGACUUUGCAGAGGUCUACGAAGGAGCUUUUUGCUGCAGGGCUGGCCUUCACAAUACUGACUCUGGCUUAUGCACAGCUCGGCUUCCUGCUCUUCUCCCACUCUGAGGCCUUCCCCAGCUUCCCCAGCACUCUCCAGCUCCUUUUCACCGCCUUCCGCAGCAGCAGCAGCCUGCACCUCUUCCUCUCCGAAUCUGUGGGGCUCUCCCACCUCUUCUACGCCAGCUACGUCGUGCUAGAGCUGUGGGUGAUCCUGCGGCUCUUUGCCGCAGUGCUCAUGCACCACUACCGCGAGACCCGCUUUGAGAUGUACCGGCCAGCCUUCGAGUCCCAGGACUACGAGAUGGUGGAGCUCUUUGUCCGGAGGCUCAAGAUGUGGAUGGGGUUCACCAAAGCCAAGGAGUUCCGCCACAAGGUGCGUUUCGAAGGCAUGGAGCCGCUGCCCUCCCGCUCCUCCAGCCAGGACUCCCACUCCUUGCAAGGCCCCACGCCCACCGCCACCUCCGACAGCUCCCGCGCCUCCACCUCCUCCAGCCAACUGGACGGACUCAGCCUGGCCCCCAGCGCCCGGGACAGCUCCGAAGUGGAUGCCGACAUCCAGCGUCUCCUCUCCCUCUUCGAAACACUGCUCAUCCGGUUUGAUCAGGUGAAUGAGGCGACCGCCGAUGUGUACCACAUUGAGUGCCAGCUAGAGGGCACACGGAGCGGACAGCCCAGGAAGAGGGGUAUGCAACAAGCAAGCCGGCACCACCCAAUCCGUGCAGAUCCUGGGGUGCUUUCAUCUAACUUCACCCCUAAGAACAGCAGCCGCUUCCUGCGCUCUCGGCCCCGCAGCAGCUCCACGUCGCCCAUCAAGGUUAUCCAAGCCCCUCCGCAGGGCAUCAGCCAGGGCGCCCUGCUUUCUCCACAGAAGACACAAACAUCAGCUGUGCCAGUAGUCAAAAAGAAGAAGCCGUUGCGGGCAAACAACAGGGUCCAUCCCAGUGGCAAAUAGCAGCCAGGUUCCACAGGGUUGCAGCAGUCAGGUGGCUCCCCCAUGUAAGCAGAAGGGAAGAGGCUUUUGUAGUCUCAAACCUGGUUGCCAAAAACUUUGCCUCUCAUUUACGGGAACAGUAAGCAAGAGCAACAGCCUUUUUGUGAGUUUGGUGCCAACAGACAAGAAGGUGGCUGUUGCUUAGAGCCACCAGAGUUCCCACCCACUGCUUUCUACAGUCACAGCCCGUGGCCUUAGCAGUGCAUCAGUCUUUUCACAGUAUUAAGGUUUUUUCAGAGGCCAGACAAGAUCAUGCCGUCUUUCAAAGGGCAAGCAGGAGCCAGAAAAGGUGGGCCCAGCUGUGCAAUAUUUGCAUUAGCAUCCUUGGAGAGAAAGGCAGAAAAGAAAUCGGAAUCCAGGCAAGAGCAAGAAAAAAAGGAAGAAGAAGAAACUUGUAAGGAAGCAAAGCCAGAUCUUUUAAAGUCAAAAACAGAAAUACAACCUGGUCUACUUUUAAAUGGUUCUUCAUUGAGAUUUGCUGAAGGCAAAUGGUACACCAUCCAGGCAAAGAAGCCCAGAGAUCUCCAGGGUUCAGCAGGCUGAGCCUGGGCUGGGACUAGAGACUGCAGCACCUGGAAGGGGUCAGGUUCCCCUUCUAGGCAUUUCACGAAGAAGGUGCACUUUGGAGGAAGAAACUACGCAGGGGCGAGUCAACCAAUUCUCCCUCAGGAAGUUUUCUCCUGAGACAGCCAUGCCCUCCUCCAGAAUUUCAGCAUGGGCAUAUUUAAAAGGAACCCAAAAGUUUCCUUCAGCCUGAGAGUCUUUAAGAGAAAGGACCCCUGUUCUUCGGCCAAAAUGCUGUCAACAGAAACAGACUUUUGGAUGGGCCAACAGUGUUUGUUGAAAGGGGGGGCUGGGGGUGAUGCUGUUUGCAGAGACCUGUCCAUGUGAGCUGGUUUCACUGGGUACUUAUUCCAACAGUGUCCCCCGCCCCCAAUUGAAUAGCUUGGUGUGUUGCAUCCAUCAUUGUAUAUGUUGAGGUGCCUGAGUGUGUUUUACUUUAUAUUUGGUGUUUGUGUGUUUACUAUUUCUAUUUACUGCCCAGCACUUUAAUCAAUGCUUUCCUUAGCUAAUGGUGACACAUGCAACUUUUAAAAUAAGAGCAGGAUAAUAUAUCAUGGAAGCAGUAUUUUGUUUGUUUGUAGAUCAUAAUUUGAAACAGGCCACUGGAAUAUGAGCACAGGGGAGUGCCCCCGUCUACCCUCGUUGUGGGUAGCUCCCCCAAGGCUCCAAGGGCCAGCGGACAGCCCACAUUUUUGGCAGUGCCACAUAUCGUGAAGAGUACAAACGGCUAAUGUUUGUACAUUUAUACUCUUCCCUUUUUCAGAAGAGGGAAGAUCUGCUUCUCCAAGCUUAGAGAAGUGAUGCUCCCAAGCAGCUCAGAAGCAAAGAUUCAAUUAAAAAAUUGAAUUGAGGCAAGCUAUGCUUUCAGGUGGCUUUUCCUUUAGGCAGACGGUUUUUAUUCACGCAAAAUUUGAUUGUUAUCCUGGACUUCCCAAUGCAGUUGAGCAUGUUGCUUUUCUGCCAUGCAAAAAUCAAGGAAGGAAAAAAAGCAAUGGAAAGUUGCAGUGGGAAAUGCAGGAGAACAAGCACCAGCUGGCAGUGUUGCAUAAGCUCUGUGUUAAAGUAUCAGGAUGAAUGCUCAGUAAGCAGGUGGCAUCGCAGCACCUCUUUGCAAAUUUUGUGCAAAAGUAUUUUUUUAGCAUGGCUGCUCAACUGCCAGCUGGUCUGUAAGCUCCAACAGGUGUGUCCCUGGCCAAACCUCAGCAGUCCGCAUCACAGCAUGGGCCAAUAGAUGCUGCAGCUGUUACUCCCCACCUCCCCCAUCCCAGCUUGAAAGCAAUGUGCUGUUAACCCAUGGAACUGGCUACCAAUGUACAUGUGCUAGUAUCCUAGCCUCAAUCAGUUUCUUUGCUUUACACAAGGAAAUGAGCUGUGAUCCAGAGAGGCCUUUGGAGCGUCCCAGAAAACAAGUGUGUUUUAAAAAUCAAGUCUACCCCCCCCCCCACCC